AUCUCUUUAUUGUUAGAGACUCAGUGGAUUGUUGUCAUGGGUACUAAGGGAACAUGCAAGACCUCUAUAGCGGACGGCCUGUUAAGUUAUCUUGAGUUAUUCAUUGAGGGGGAGGAGGGGGAGGAGGAAGGGGCAGAGCUACUCAUAGAUGAUUACGAUGAUAAUAAGAUAAUUAAGAAGUUUAGUAUAUCAUCUUCGCCUGGGAUAUUGGGUGGAGGUCUUGAUUCUGCUUUGAAAUACAUCAGAGAAGAAUUACCAAUGAAACUACAAAGGUGUAAAACCCCAGUUCUUUUAUUUGACAACAUCUACGACUGUCAGUCGUUGGAGCAAGUCCUGAGUGCUGCUGGAACAUUAUCUAAAAGACCAUACAUAGUAGCCACCCUUUGCUCAGGGAGUACAAGAGGGAUACCGCUCCACCAGCUAAUGCUUAGACACAACAUAAGAGUAGUUACCUGUAACACUCACACUGAGCCGAUCGUAGGAAUACUCUCUAGGACGCUGAGGAAGAAAGUAUAUCAAUUGAAAGCAGAUCCUAAUUCGGAGGUGGAGCCUGUUGCUGAGCAACUCUUGCUGUGGUUGCCGUACCUUCUUGAUCACAUCAAUUUUUUCAUUAGCAAGUUUCAUUCAAACAAUGUCGCGUUAGGUCCUCGUGUAUUCCUUAAUUGUCCAUUGGAUGCAUCAUCUGAUUACAUGGAGAUGUGGUUCAUUAACUUGUGGAAUCAUUUCAUCAUUCCUUAUCUCAUGGGUACCAUAAUGGCUGGGAUAGAGACAUACAGUGCUGAUCCCACUCUUGAUUGGAUCGAUGUCCGGCAGUGGGUAAUCGAAACGUACCCUUGGGCAUCAACAAUCAACGUAUCUAAACUAAAGACACUAACUCCUGAUGAUGUGGGAUGGAAUCACGCUGUAAGGCCACAGAAUCAGAGCAGAUAUAUGUCAUAUAUGAGAGAUGAUGAUGUGCAGUCUGUCUUAAGAAUGCAAAACUGAUAAACUGUUAUUAUUAUUAUUAUUAUUAUUGUUAUUACCAAUAUUGCUAUUUCUGUUUGUAUCAUAUUAUUAUUACUAUUAUUAUUUUAUAGUUGUACUUCCUUCAUUUUCUCUCUUUCCUUCUCAUUGGACAUUUAUUUUUGCAGCUUACCAAUAAUUAUUAUUAUUAAUUAAAUAUUACUAUUAUUAUUAUUAGAUUUUGUCUUUUGUUCAUUUUUGGUUUCUGUGAGAUGUCGUUACAACCAAAAA